UGCAACUGACUUGCAUACUUCCAAGCUGUAAAUCUCUAUUCAAUAUUAACCGUUUGAUCAUCACUAAGAUUUACAUUAUUUAGAAUCAAGCGGGCAGAAUCUGCUGAGCAGAAAAGAUCCCAAGUGAAAACAUCAGGUCUCUCUUUCAGUCUCAGGAAAUUUUUAUUAUUAAAUGAAAUCUCUCCUCGGUUUCAUGAAUCCACUGCUCAGUUUUCUGUUCUUCUUCCUUCGCAGUGGGUCUCAGUCCAAGUUUCUUAUCAAAAGCUUCAGUCUUUGUCCAUAAACUGCCCUUGUUUAUUUUGUUUCAGUCUCUGUUUUCCUUCACAUUCUUCAUAAAAGUCCAAAGCUUCUAAUUUAUUUUAAUGGAGUUGAGGGAUCACCAAAUCCAAUACCCAGCUCUUUAAAUCCUUCCAUUUUGGUUAACAUUUUCUGAAAGUUUUUAGCUUUAAGCGUUUUAAUGCUUCCAAGUGAGUCUUUCAAAGAAAUAUAAUGUCAGUCCAAGAAAUGUUGUCCCAUAUUGACAUUGAGCGAGGCAGUGCUGAAAUUGAUCAUGAUCACCACCACCGCCACCGCCACAGCCAGUCAAUCGCCGGAAGUGAUGCCAGCAUAUGCUUCUCAGACGCCGAGGAGGGUGGCUCAGGCUACUCUCAGUAUUUUUCAACGGCAGGUCGGUCCUACGAUAAGCACAGUUUUGCAGUUUCCAGGAUGGUAUCCUCAGUUUCUUCUUCUGAUUGUUCAGUGGAGAUUGAAAGUGAAGUGGUGGGUGAAGUUGAAAUAAAAGUUCACGUGGAUAGCAGUAAAGUUGAGGAGGGAGAGAAAGAUUGUAGGAUUUGCCAUCUGGGUCUUGAGAGUAAUAGCCAUGAAUCUGGAAUUGCUAUUCAUUUGGGUUGCUCUUGCAAAGAUGAUUUAGCUGUUGCUCAUAAACAGUGUGCUGAGGCCUGGUUCAAGAUUAGAGGAAACAAGACCUGUGAGAUUUGUAAUUCUAUUGCGCGCAAUGUUGCUGGAGCAACUGAUUUGGAAUCUAUAGAGCAGUCCAAUGAGACCAACAGUGGCACUGCAAUGUCUUCAGUCUCGGCACCAGCACGCCAUGGCGAGACUCGAAGCUUCUGGAAUGGCCACCGCUUUCUGAAUUUCCUGCUGGCUUGUGUGGUAUUUGCAUUUAUUAUAUCUUGGCUCUUCCACUUUAAUGUGUCAUCAUCAUAGGAUUCUAUGAAAGAAUUACUGAAUGGCAAAAAAAAAAAAUAGUAAUAAAAAAGAAGAAGUCUGCCACAUAAGUAAGAGAAAAAAUGAAAAGUUUCCCAUAACUGAGCCUGCAGAAUUUGUUAUAAUGGCAACGAGCAAUGGGAUAUUUCUGAGAGCCUUGCAGCCUUUAGUAGUUAUUUAUACUAGGUUUAUUUUCAUUGUCUGCUCCUUCAUACAUGUAGAGGUUUGUUAUAUCUACAAUGGCAAUGAGUGAUGGGAUUGUGUAUUAUGUUUCCUUAAUGCAUUUUAAAGAUUUGUUGUGAUUAGGGUUGGAUUUGA